UUGCGCAUUUCCCAUACGUACAGAGAGCAGAGAUCAACACAUUAGGAGACAAGGACCCACAAAUGAGCCCAGAGUGAAUUUCCCACAUACGAUUCAGAGAGGCAAUAAAUUGAAAUAUGAAUAGCGAUAGCUUUUAUGCUACUUUCCCGAUUUUCCAACACGGUGGCUUCCAGCCUUUUCCGAGCAGGCAGUUUGGCGGCGAUUCCUCAUUACUGAAAGGUCGAAGAAAGCAACCGGACGAUCAGUACGUGCAUCAGAGACAAAUGGCAAAUUUACGAGAGAGAAAGCGUAUGCAAUGUAUUAACGAAGCAUUCGAAGGACUUCGAAGUCAUAUUCCAACACUUCCUUACGAGAGAAGGCUAUCGAAAGUCGAUACACUGAGACUUGCAAUUAGUUAUAUUAAUUUUCUAGCAGACCUUAUAAAUUCAGACGAAGGAGUUCCUGGACAAUUUCCUAAAUCGUUUGAAGGAUCAAAGAAAGUGAUAAUAUGUCAUCGAGGUAAAGAUGGAAGAGAAUUCGGUCUUCCACCAUUGGCAGGUCAUUCAUUAUCCUGGUCAGACCAGAAACUGAAGAAAUCAGGUACUCGUGUAAGAACAUUAAAAACAUGGACACCAGAAGAUCCAAGAGCAUCAAAUAUAGCCGCAGAAAAUGGCGAUUCGGAUGGAUCAUGUGAUCUGAGAGUAUGCCUGCCUUGACUGAAAUUUAUCAAUGGUGGUCGUAAAUUUGAAAGAAUUACUUCAUCCGUUUAUUGUAGCAACUUCUACACAAAUUCAGAAUUCAGAUAGGUUGAAAAAGCACCAAAGAGACUGGUAUUUUAAUGCAAAAGAACGAACAAUUUGCUGCAUGGCAGAUCUUGUUUCAGAGGCAGCUGACUGUUGGCAAGUCAUAUUAAAGUAUCUUAUUUAUUUGAUAAUAAAAGUCACGUUCACUAAAAAGGUUCUGCACACUUAUUUAAAUUAUUCUUUUAAUCAUUCAGUGGUUAAUUUAGCUAUAUUUAUAUUGCUAGAAAAUAGAUGCUUCAGCAAUUAGAAUGUUUUUCUUCAUUCAAUUAGUUACUUAGGUGCUUCAUGUCUAAAUUUCUUUGAAAGUAGCUCAACUGCUGAUCUAAAAAAGACAAUGUUCUAGCUACAAAGAAAUAACUUGUUCUAGGUCAGAAAUAUUCUCAGAUCAAAUAGGAUGUUUAAAUAUGCUUGAUUUAAAGCUAGAACAUAUAUAAGAUAUUUAUCUGUCUUAAUCUGUGAACUAUUUCACCAACUCUUGAUCUCUGAUCUCAAAUAACAGAAGACAUUUCUAUACAUUUCUUAUGAUAUAGGAUAUCAAUCACUUAACUGAAUAUAAUUCAGUAGCAUGUUUUUGAUUCAAUACAUCAAAUUGAUAAAAGAAAUGUAUUUGUGUCGUGUUCUGUGGAAAAAGAAUAUUUGUUUGCAUUUCAAAGGUGAUAUCAGCAUAAUGAAUAAAUAGCAUACAAGUAAAUUUGGUAAUGCUCUUUAGCAUUUUGUGAUAGCAUCAACAUUAUUGUACUUUUUGUCAUGAUCAGAUGUCGGCUAAUAUUGCAAAUCUUUGCUUAGUUUGUCUAUUAUCCAUGAGGAAGUGAUAUGAUAAAAGCUAUCAUAUGGUCCAGAGUGUUACUAGAAUUUGAAAUAUUUAAGGAAUUGUGAACGCGUAGUCAUGAAUCGUUAUAUAGAGCAUUGUUUUAACCUGUAAAUAUAUUGUAUUGUGGCAAAAUUUGUUUAUAAAAAGUAGAAAUUUAAUGUACAAAAUAGAAGUUGGAUAUAAAUCAUCCAACACUGUCAAUAUGAAUUCAAAUAAUCAGUAACGAAAAUAGAAAUAUUGUUUUUCUUCUUAAUUAAUCUUUUGUCAAUUAAGUUAAUAAUGCAACCAACAUGCUAAUUUGUUGCCUUUUGUUUAAAUUCUUCUGACAUUGUUUUGAAAAAUACAGCUUUCAAAAUUCUAGGUUAAAUCUUGGAAGUUAAAAGAUUCACAUUUUAGCUUGCGUUUAGCGAGACAUUGUUACAUAUGAAAUGGGUGUGGCAGAGCACAAUGUUACAAUACGCCUAUUCUGGCAUUUAUGCGAGAGCGAAUCUUUUUUCAUCUAGACCCGCAUAUCUCAUCAAUACGUCAAUUAAAGUGAUAACUAUCUCUCUUAAAAUUAUUUGAAUUAAGAUAAAGUGGAAGCAAUAGUCAGUUUCAGUCCUCCACGAGGCUUGUGACCCUUUAGAGAACAAAGGGGUGCAGUAAAAUGAUCUCCCAGCUGAUUAUGUUCGCUCUAUGUAUGAGCAUUAAACAUGUUCUCUGGGAUAUGUAACACGGCUCAAUUGUCGGAAUGGCCUUUAUUAGCCAUUGUGUGCUGAUUUCAAGAAUAGGCAAGCCCCAUGCUUGAUGUCUAGAUAACAUGGCUGAUUCAUGAAUGUUAUAGGCCAGCACAUGGAACGUGUACUCACGUAUGAAUAAAACGAGUGCAUGGCCAUAAUCUUUCAUGUUUUGCUCAUUGUCUAAGUUACAACAAAAGCCAGAUGUGUCAAUGUGCUCAGAACAAAUACUGAACGAUGAGCAAAGGGUUUGGUCCUGUGAGCAGCCACUAGUGCUGCCUCGACGAUCUUUUGAGCAAAGCAACAGGACAAGCCAUGUUGGGUAAGACAAACCUAGCUUAUCACAUGUAUUUACUUUUAAUGCUUGCGUGGACAGUAUAUUUUUAGCCUAAAUACAGUCUACAGCUUAUUAAAGAGACUAUUAAUAGCCUCUAAACCGGGAUAUCCAUAGGAGAGCAUAUGGGGACCCUUGCAUACACCUGGGUACGUGACACAGAGGGCACUACCUUUUCCAGCUAUUUAUCACUGUGUAUUCAGCACAUUUCAAAACAAAGAACAUUGAAUGAGUACGCCUCGAUCUCAAAAGAGCACAAGCCAGAAAGACGCCUUAACUACAUUUUUCUUCCAGAUCAUUUAUCUAGUUUCCAGUCCUUUAAAGUAAUUUAAAAAUAGCUGUUAAAUGAACGCCCCAGCUUCCUUCAAGAGCAACGUGUUCAAGCUGAAUGGUUGACUGCCUUCCGUUUAUUGCCUUCCGUGCCUAUCUUAAUAUCGCGGUACAGUUGAAUCAUCUAGGCUUAAAAUCUGUGCAGCUCGCUCUGCGAUUUCCCGCCAUUUGCCCUGUUUCUUUGACGCAUGCGUCAAAAUAUCAUUCACAAUACAGGUGUAACAAUUACAUUAUUGAUACGUGUUGACUGAAUGGCCUUGUAACGCAAUCGUGAGCAGCCCUUGUUGAGGCUUCGUUUCACAAACAGAACACAAAGCCAGCUGCAACCAUGAAAACAUAUUAUUCCUUUCCCAGAAUUUGAAAGCAAUAAGUGAAGCAUUCAAUAACUAAUUAGGACAAGUAUGAUUGUGAGAGUUUUAACACCACGUCUUUUAAGUGUUACUUUUUAAAAGAAAGGAUGUAAACUGCUUUUAAAUAGCCCUUGUUUAAAGAACAGAAGCGCUGUGAAUCUGUAUUUUCCCAUGUCUCUGAAGAUAAGUAUCUAAAUUUACUAUUGUCAAGCGUUCAAGAGAUAUUACUAGAACAUCUGUGGUUUUUACAAGAUUUUCGGCUAGUUAAGAAACGUUAAAAAUAUUUUGUUUCAUGAUCUUGCUUUGUUUCGAGACUAAACAGCACUAGAAGAUCAGCCAAUAUUUUACAGCUGUAAGCUCUUACAUUUUUCCCAAUCCUAUGAUUAUUUUACUUGCAAUUGAAUUGACAGAUUUUUACCGCAUUUGGUUGACCAACAGUUGAAGUGAAAUUUUAGAUUUAUAAAGAGAGAUAUUUCUUUCCAGCCUUGAUUGCACUUUUGAAAUAGAGAUUCUUUGGAAAGGAACUUCGAGGUCUAUUGAGACAAUUGGGGCCGAAUUCUUUGCUUCUCUUGUCAUCUUUACAUAUCGUAACAGGUGCAGUUUUCGUUUCAUUACAAAUAGUUUCGAAAGUAAAAAUAUAACAAUUUAUCUCUGCGACAUAUCUUCAAAAAAAACGUGAAUAACUUUCAUUAAAUCGUUCAUUUUUAUGUUGGCCCCAGCUACUGACAUCACUAAAACAAAAAUAUCUGCUUCAAAGCGAUGAAUUUUCAGUAUUUAUAAACACUGUCAGUGUUAGUAAUAAAUAAAAUAGCUAGAUGAUACUGCCUUCAGCGUAUUCAAUAUUUUGCGGUGGCGAAUCAAAAAUGAAAUAUCUUCCUUCGAAGAGGUCGCAUA